CAUAACCUUAGAAUUUUAUGUCAAAUUUGAUUAUAGUUAUUUUGUGUGGUAUUUUAGUAGAAUGUUUUAUUUAGAUUUGAAAUCCUAUUUAUAAUUAAUGUCCGAAAAUUCUAUUAAUAGUAUUAAUACAUUUAGGCCACGAUUGAACGAUUGAAAUGAACACAGCACUCCAUGCUUGGAACGAACGUAGUUUUGAAUUUCACUCUGUUGAAGGAAGAUAUAAUAGAGUUUUCUUCCAGUAUCUUUGCAAAUUUGUUGGAAUACCUUAGAGACACAGUGGAGCAUUUAAUUUUAGCUAUUUUAAUUUACAUAUUGAUAUGUAUUUUAUUGUAUUUGUGUAUACAAGUAUGGGGAUUUAUGGAAUUCAACCGAGAACCGAAUAAUGCCAGAAGGAUAUUAUUUGUAAUUUCGCAUUGCGACGACGAAUGUAUGUUUUUUGGACCAACAAUCCUGCAUUUUACUAAAAAAGAAGAAUGCUCAGUAUACAUCGUAUGCUUAUCUACGGGUAGAAAUUAUGGAAUGGGAUCAAUCAGAAAAAACGAGCUAUACAAAGCAUGUACAGUUCUAGGAGUACCUUCAGAAAAUAUUUUUAUUCAUUCUCACACUCUACUUCCGGAUGCCAUGGACGUACGAUGGCCGACGGAAGUGAUAUCAUCUCUAGUAUUAAGAUACGUCGAAAGUCUAGAUAUAACAACUCUAGUCACGUUUGAUAGAUAUGGAGUUUCGUACCAUAAUAACCAUUGCAGCAUAUAUUAUGCUGUGGCUAACCUCAUUUUAGAUAAUGUUUUACCUAAAAGUUGUACUGUUUAUGUUCUUGAUACUACUAAUAUAAUUAGGAAAUACUGGUUUUUUUUGGACAUACCCUUAUCCAUAGUGUUUUCUAGAUUUAGGUUUAUGGGUGGUUUAGAAGGCAGAACCACGAUAUACAACGCCAUGAAGCAGCACUCGUCUCAAUUGAAAUGGUUUCGUCGUUUGUACAUGUAUUUCAGUCGAUACGUGUUAAUAAAUACUCUACAACAGAUGAAUUUGAUCGAUGUAGAGUUAGAUUUAGAAAUACAAGAUUAAAAUAAAAUACUUUUAUAUUUUGUACCUACGUCUCUAUCCGUUUAUAACAAAAUGUACAAAACAAAUGAUCAAUCAUUUUUUUUUUAGGAAAUAUCUGUUUUUACAUUAAUAAUUGAAAGUUUAUGAAUAUUCAAAGAGGGAAAACGUUUUAUAUAUUUUUAAUGUAAUUUCAGAUUUGUUUUAAUUAUAAAUUUGAAUUCGCUGUG